AUGAAAUCAACUAUGUGGCUGAAAGUCUUCAUCAUCUUCGUCUUCAGCUUUGACAGCUGCCAGCUGGCUUCAGUCUUUCUGGAUAAAGAUCGAGCCAAUGGCGUUCUGGUUCGGACUCGGAGGUACAACUCAGGCUGGUUUGAGGAGCUGCAGAUGGGAGACCUGAGGAGGGAGUGUAUAGAGGAGAAGUGCACCUACGAGGAGGCCAGGGAGGUGUUUGAGCACACCGAGCUCACGAAUGAGUUCUGGAAAACGUACAAUGUACCAAACCCCUGUAUCUCCAAUCCCUGUCAGAAUGGAGGCAGUUGCUCCACUCAUGCUUCAUCCUACAUCUGCUUUUGUCUGCCAGAGUUCCACGGAGUCAACUGUGAGCUUGAGGUGAAAGCUGAGAUCGAUACCUGCUGGGUGGAGAACGGAGAAUGUGAGCACUUCUGUGAAGAAGACGAGUUCCAAAAAAAACGGAACUGCUCGUGUGCAGACGGCUACUUUCUCGAUGUUGAUGGACGGAGUUGCAUCGCAAAAGAGCCGAUAACAUGUGGCAUGGUCCCCAUACUGCGGGGUGAAAAAAAGGAGGAGCAUCUCCGAAUCGUUGGAGGAACUGUAUGUCCUAAAGGUGAAUGCCCCUGGCAGGUAUUGCUGAUGUAUAAAGGAAAAGGUUUCUGUGGAGGAGUGAUUUAUAAACCUACAUGGAUCAUCACAGCUUCUCAUUGCAUGGAAGACAUCGAGGUCCAGUUCCUGAAAGUCAUUGCAGGUGAGCACGACAUUACGGUUAAUGAAGGCACUGAGCAGCUCAUCCAGGUGGCUGAGAUUAUCAUGCAUGAAAACUACGUAUCAAGCACUGCCGACAAUGAUAUCGCUCUCCUCCGCCUGGCAUCUCCCAUCAUCUAUACCCAGUAUGCUGUCCCAGUCUGCCUACCCACAUGGAAUCUAUCCACCCGUGUGCUUUGGAUGAUCCGGCUGCACACGGUGAGUGGCUGGGGGAGGCGGAGCGAAAAUGGGCCUACCGCACAGAUCCUUCGACGCCUGAAGGUCCCGCGAAUCCGCACGCAGGACUGUGUCGAUGAGAGUGGCGUAGUUCUCACUCAGAACAUGUUUUGCGCCGGAUAUAUUGAGGGUCGUCAGGACUCGUGUAAAGGUGACAGCGGUGGACCCCUGGUGACCCAGUAUAAGACGACAACUUUCCUGCUGGGGAUCGUCAGCUGGGGGAAGGGCUGCGCCCGACCGGGGAACUAUGGCAUCUACACCCGAGUGUCCAACUACCUUGAGUGGAUCCACAACCGGACGGCAACACCAGAUCAACCGAGGAACAGCAGCAAGACUUUGAUGCACAACCUUACCACCUGA